CGUGCGACGGCGGGCAGUUAGUCGUCGUCGUGCCGUAUUGACGUUUGUGUUUAUUAGCGCGCUCCGGUCGAAAACGCAACUUUACUGUUUGUGAUCCUCAUCAGACUGCAAUGAUAAUAAUUUUUAUAACGUUUUAAUACCUACUUACAUUUUAGUUAUUUUUUUUUUACUCUCGAGGCGCUACAUACGAUUUUUAUUCACUUGAAUUUUUUUACAUAUUUUAUUCUAUUGGAUACGGCGGUCGCGUUUUGUAUAUUUUGUAUCGGUGUUUUUAAAUUAUUCGAUUUUUUUUUUUUGCUCAUAAAGAACCACCAACGACAACUGCUCGUUACACAACACAAUAUAUAUUAAUGCGUUUCGUCGUCGACGGGAAUCGGUUAUUCGCGUAUACAUAAGCAUUUACAUAUUAUUAUUAUCUGACGACGACGCCAGCGACUGGCGGUAAUGUGCGACCGGCUAUGAGUUCGCCAAAGUCGUCGGACAGGAAAUCGGGUAGAAAACAGUCGUUUUCGCACCAACGGUCCUCCAAUGAGGAUAUUUAUCAGCAGGACGAGUACGACACUCCGAAUCAAAUACUUGACCGCGUGAAAUGUGAUCAUGUAACUGUUACAAAACCAGAAGAAGAUCGACGAAGAAGGACCAUAAUUAUCGAGAAAAAAAAUGGAAGUUAUGGCUUCAUGCUUCAAAGUUAUGGCAUUCAUUAUAAAAAAGAGCAGGAGAUUGAAAUGAUAACAUAUGUAGAUCACGUAGACUAUGAUGGGCCAGCAUAUAGAGCCGGGAUGAGAGAAGGCGACGUAAUACUGUCAAUAAAUGGCGUCGACAUGGAAAAAGCUGACCAUAAAGCAUUGGUAAACUUUAUAAAAAGCUGUGAUUCACGAAUGAGAAUGGUAGUGCUAUUUGAAGACUGCGUGCGAAAAGUCAACUUACACAUGAGAUACAUACAACUUCAGCGUACGCUUCAGGCCAAAGUUGAAGAGCUAGAAAAGGUUGAAAUUAAAGAAAGAGAGCUCAUGGAAGGAAAAUGGAAAACACACAGUUUGCCGGCAAGGAAAAAGUCUAGUCAUUCUUCUAAGGACACUGCCAACCAAAAAAUAUUGACUGAAAACGGUGAAAGUUCUAUGUCUAGGCCUACAUUAUCGACUGAAGAUGUGGCCAAAGCACAACCAAUUUAUGUACCUAAACAAAAUUUUAUGUUGGCUUAUCGACCACAUCAUUUUAUUGAUCAGCACGGACGUUCCUAUUACUUGCAUCAGCCUGCCACUGCCAUAAUUAAUGGAGAUUCAAAUUACGUCGGUUGGCAAAGCAAUCGUUCGAAUAACAGCAGCAAAAACUGCGACCAACAAGAAAACUGGGCGCCACCGGAUCAACCGGUCCAGCAGAGGAGACGAUCGCAUUACGUGGUGGAAGUCAGUCGGCGGUGCAGUACGUCUUCGGAUGUGCCGAAUCGUUCGCAGCAACAGCAGCCUCCCUGCAAACAGCACAACUUCACUAACAGAGCAUCGCAACGGUCUUCGUCACAAGGCGAUAAUUGUCCGCGAUGGGGUUGCAUACGUACCGGUGGCGGAUCGUCCGGUCGGCGGAGGAACGACGGUGGACACGACGCCGACGACGACGAUGACAACGACGACGAAGACAACGACGGAGGCAGCGUGGAGGCGUACGAUCUGGCGACGGACGGCGGGGGGGCGGCCUGCUGCCCGGGAUCGCAGUGCGUGCCCAGGAGACACCGGCGCAGACGCAAGUCAUCGUCGGCGCGUGGCGGUCGCGACAAAAGCCCAGACUGCAAAUCGGAAGGCUCUUACUGCCGGAAGGGACACGAAAAGCGGCGCAACUCGACUCGGAACGACGUGCCCGACGAACACAACCCGUCGCUGCAGCGCGCGAACAGCGGUAAUCACGGUUACACUAAUCUGGUCAACGAUCGGUACGCGUCGGACGAGCGGAUGUGCCAGAGCACGUCGAUCGGCGGCGGCGGCUGCGGCGGCCGACCAUCGCAGAACAGCCUGACCGAGAACAGUCCGGCGUCGUACACGACGUCGCUGAGUACGGACACGCUGUACUGGGACGAAGACCCGAUGGUCGCUGCGGGUCAGCAGGCGCCGUCGUCCGCUUCGCGACAGCACUCGGUCAAGUCGCAGUCGUCGUCGACGUACCGUCGGGACAACUGCGCCGUCAAGCCCGUCAAGUCGUGGGACAACCUGACCACCAAGGCGUUCGGCGGUUACGGGUUCGGUUACGAGUAUUUGGACCGCGACCAGAUCGUCAACAACAACAACGGCGGCGGCGGUGGUUCCGGACAACAUCACAUGGUGUACCUGCAACUGAAGAACGUCAAGGGCGGACAGAAACAUCACGGCGGUCAUCAUCACCACCAUCACCAUCACCAUCAACACCCGCAACAGCACCACAACCAUCACAAUCAACAACAUCACCAUCACCAUCGUCACAACGCCGACGGCCGGAUCCGUCACCCAACCAAGUCCACGGAGGCGCUCCUGUCGUUGCCUCCACAGUAUCCGAUCGCGGCCAUCGAGUCGUCGGCCAGUUGCGAGUACUUGGACGCGUGUUCGUCGUCGUCGUCGUUGGCGGCCGCCGGCGGCGGUUACUUCGCGGGCUACAUCAGGAACGACAAGGCCAGUCAGACGGACUGCCGGAGAUACGCGGCACAGCAUCAGCAGCAGCUGCCGCCGGCCGAGGUGACGAGGCUCUGAUGAGAAUCUCUAUAUUUAAAUAGCAUAUAAUUUUAAAACAUUUUUUUAAACAAUUUUUUUUUAAUUUUUUACCGCCUCGUCCCAUGCAUAUAUUGUUUGUCUCGGGUUUUUUUCGUUUUGAACGCGACGAGCAAUUUUUUUACAAACAAAAUAAUUAGGUACUAUCAUACUCCGCCAUAAUGAUUUUUUUUUUUUUUUUAUAUGCAUACUACACUUAAGUUAUAUUUACGAAUAUUAUUAUAUUUAUUACGUACAAUCUUUUUAGAUUUAUCUCUAGUCAAUAUUAUAUAAUAUCAUAUAUUAUUAUUUAUUACUAUCGGCCGAGUUUUAUAAUAGCUACGUCCGUUAUUAUAUUAAUCAUAUAUUAUUAUUAUAUUAUAUUAUAUUAUAUUCUAAUAUCUUAGACUUUAAAAUAUAUACGCGCGCAAGUGUGUAUCUUGUAAUUUGUAUGUUUGAAUUUUAUUUAGACCGUGAAAUAGUGGACUUUUCGUCGGUUUGGGCGCGUAUAUAAUAUUGUCGUCGUCGCUGUAAGACAGUCUGACGUCGAACGUGGACGUACAAUAAUUAUACAAAUUUAUUUAUUUACUCAAAAUAUUAUUAUAUGUGAGAGAGAUGAAACGGUUUUUAGUUAGUUUUCCUCGACCAACUAUUUAUAAUAGGUCCAUAUAAUAACGUCUUCGUUCCCUGAUCUGAGCAAACAUCAAAAUAUAUUUGUGUGCUAUCCGAUAUCGCUAUAUCGGUAAUAACUUAUAAAUAAUAAUAAAAUACAUAUUUUAAUCCUAUGAGUUAUGCAUUGUACCAGAACUUACCGAUUCCAUCAUACAAGUUAUAAAUAAUAAUUUAUGUUUUAAACGUAUUUGUUUGUUUUGUUUCGGAGGGUCACUUUUUAAACACGGAAAAUUGUACAUCAGUUCCGAACCAAGUCCACUGCUUCACACGAUUUAUUGUGUUGUUUUUUUUUUAUCUGUGCGUGAUGUUUGUUAAUUAUUUUCUCUUUUAAACUGUAAUGUUUUCUUUUUUAAUAAUCAAGUCCCUCAAUUGUACUUGUAUAUUGGGAUACAUAUUACCUACAUCAAUAAAUAAAUGUAAGAAAAAAUAUCCAAAACAAAAGAACCCAAAGUAUUUUGUAGAUUAUUAUACCGUUUGUAACUUAUUUCGAACUAUAAAAUAAAUAAUAUAUAAUAA